AUGCCUCACUCAAGGAGGCCAAGUCGACGACCACCGCGGAGCAUCGCAACGAUACGGAAUUUUUACAUCUAUACUCCGGUCAAACGCGGUGAGAGAUCUGGAUCUGGCUAUACUAGUAGCCGUCGCAAUCGAGAUACAUCUGGUGGGCACUAUCGUCGCUAUCGCCAUCAUUCCAGGGGCAGGAAUGUCAGGUCCGGCGCACGAACCCCGAACUCGAAAGGACAUUCGGUGAGGUUUUCCAGGUCGACGACGGGAGGGAGCACAAGUUCAAGUCGAGGUCGAGGCCGAAAUCGAAGUCGGAGCCGAGGUCGAAGCAGAAGAAGAAGAAGAAGCAGCACAAGUAGGGGGAGCAGCAGAGAAGAUCGGGCCCUAGCCGCCCUCCUGGCGGGGGUAUAUCCUCACCAAUUCCAACCUCGCAGCAAUGACGACGACGAUGAUGAUGACGAUAAUGAAUUAGACGCCGAUGGGAUGGAUGAAUUUGAUCGAUACGGACACCACGACUUUCUUGCUGGGCCUGGUCUGGACGGAGAUCAAGAUUCCGUCUCAAGUUCUGGCACAGAGUUCCUCUCCAGUGGAUCGUCACGUGGAAGACGACGAAGGAGCAGAGGUAGGAGCAGAAGUAGGGCUGGGGAAAGACACAAGAGAAAUGAAAGUCCAGGGGGUAGGAGGAGAAGAAGGUGGUUGAGGAGGAGGAGGAGGAGGAGGAGGAGGAGGAGACGGAGCCGAUCGAGAGACUAUGGGUAUUCGAGGCGACCUACUGGUAGAAGAAGGGUGAGAUUCGUGCGAAUGCCGCGAGGAGGUUCAUAUGUUGUUGACACAGACACUGACACUGACGACACGGACACGGAUACGGAUACGUACAGUGACAGUGAUACAACUGAUUCUGAACUCUGGGACGAUGAUGACUACUAUUUGCGCGGGAGUGAUUACGGCGAUGGAUACAGAUAUUAUGCUGACUGGUACGACGGCGGCGGCAGAUACUAUGAUUAUGAUUAUGAUUAUGACGACGACGACUACGAUGAUGAUGGGUACGGCCAGGACUAUGACCGCAACUAUGAUUACGACUACAGGGUUGACAAUGAAGACGAGAGUGGCCUAUUCUCAGGAUACAGACGCCGACGUUGGUAUGAACACGAUGAAUAUGAUGAUAUGGAUGACUUUCUCGACCACGACGCGGACGACUCCUAUUACAAUUCCGGUCACGACUACGGCUACCCUUAUCACCGUCUGCGUGAUGUCCAUGACCAUCUUGAUAGAGCAGCUGAGAGGUACGCUAGAAGAAGAGAACGACAUCACCGGAGAGACAGACGCCGGAACCGGACUUGGCAUGUCGACAGGGGUAGAGGCAACAGCCCAGAGGCAUGCACAGACAAUUACAAGAACACAUUUGAUGAUAUGGCACAGGCACAAGCGAGGGCAGCAGAGCAGACACGAUGGCUUUUCAGAAACUAUGGGAGUUAA